AUGGUGGCGGUGGUCAGGGGGCCCGACACUAGCGCGCACACUAACAGCCCGUACGACAACAUCCCGGUGCGACUGACCACUGAGGUCCACGAAAUGGCAGACAAAACGUACGCCAAAGUGAUGAUCGAAAUGAGGGCCCAAUUGGAGGACGAGAUGGACUUACAUAAGGAUGAAGUGCUCAUUAUCACUGAAAUUGUCGAUAAGAUGUACUUCAGGGGUCAGUCGACCGAUGGCACGCGAGUUGGCAUUAUUCCCAAGAGGUUUGUCCACAUCUUGGACCACAUCCCGCCUAACGACCCACUGUUGGACAUGACAUCCACGGCCACUACGCCCGCCAACGGCGCCCACAACCAUCACAUCUACACCAAUGACAGCAGUCUAUACGAAAACACCGGUGACAUCAACGACUGCCCGAUGGACAGCCCGCCCUCCUAUGACCACGUAAUCAGUUCGAUGAUGUACUCGGAGGCGCCGGUAGCUCAGCCUUCGUCGCUGGGCUACAGUAACGCCUACGUAGGGGACGUCCAGUCCUACGGUAGGGCUUUGUUCUCAUUUCACGCCGUAUUCCCCAAUGAGUUAAGUCUUCGGGAGAACGAAAUCGUUCAUCUGAUCCGUCAUAUCGACGGCGACUGGAUUGAGGGCGAGUGCGACGGGAGGGUUGGGAUCUUUCCCAAGAGUUUUGUCGAGAUUAUCGUUGACUGCGACCGCAAUAACAGCGUUACGGCCGCCGACGAGAGCCAUCUGAGUGGCGGUGCGGUCGGCGAUUACGAGUUGUUUCCGACCGACACUUUCGGUCGAGUUUUGUACGAUUUUGACGGCGAGAUUGAGACCGAUUUGAGGAUCCGAGCCGGUGAUACGAUAACACUGAUCCGCAAAGCAGACACCAAUUGGUGGGAAGCGAUGGACGACUUGGGAAACGUGGGACUCAUUCCCGGCAAUUACUGCGAACUAAUAGACGCCGACAUAUCGGCCAUACAUUCGGCCAACUCGUCAAUGCUUACCACGAGUUUCGAUGAGACACCCAUUACUCAAGACUAUGGGACACAUGUUGUGCCCAACAGUGACCACAAUACCUAUUCCAGUGAUUUAUACGCUAAUGAUAGCCAUACGACGACACCAGUGAUAACCACAACACUCGCAGACAUUAUACCAGUGAUAAUACCAGAAGUGGACGAACAAGAAGUGCAAGAUUUUCCUAUAACUCAAAACUAUACCAAUGAUGUCGACCACCAUAUAGUCAGCGAUUAUAACGGAUCAGCUCUCGAGCCUAAGUUAUCGCCAUUAGUUCCGCGAAGAGCUGCGCCGUCGGUUCCCAACGCGACCGCCGCUCCUAAAACACCGGAUAUGAGUGCCGCUGCCAAUAGACAUACGCCAAAAGUGUCGCCCCAUAGACCCCCGCCUCCCGUUCCCAAACACAAGGGUCGGCACCGGAGUAACGACAGCAUAGACAGCGUCCAUAUGACUCGACUCGAGUCCGUGCGCUCCAGUAUUACAUCGAACUCGAGCUCGAGUUCAGGCAAAUCGGAUACGGCGUCGGGAGGGGUGGCGACCCCCACCGCUACUACCAGUGCGGGUCAGGCGGACAGCGGCGGGGGUCAGCAACAGGUCGACAGUCGGAGGAAAAAGGUUCGGGAGCAAAGGGGUUGCGUUAUAAUGGAAUUACUGCAGACGGAAAGGGAUUACCGGAUGAAUCUGGAGGUAUGCGCCGACAUAUUCCUCAAGAACCCCGAAGAGGCCAAGAAUAAUGGCGUCGAUUUGAAGCGACUGUUUGGGAACCUGGAGGACAUCAUAGACGUGUCGGCGCUGUUGAUCCGGAAGCUCGAGGAGUCGACCCAAAUGAAGAAAUACGAGCACCAGAUGGUCGGCAAGUGUUUCCUGGAUGUGUUGGACCAGAUGAAGGACGCCUACAGUCUGUACUGUAAAAAUCACGACCAGUUGCAGCCAUUGUGGAACCGAUACGACGCCCAACCGGACGCCAAGCAAUACCUGGCCCGCGGUCUGGACGUGAUGCGCGAGCGCACCAACUGUUUUGACAUACCCUCUGUGCUCAUCAAACCGGUGCAACGGAUACUGAAAUACCCGCUCCUACUGAACGAACUGCACAAAUGCACCGAAGAUGGCCACGAAGACAAGCCGGACCUGAUCCUGGCCAUCGAC